UCUGUUUCACUCUGUUUCACAAUUUUAUUUUUUUCUCUCUCCUGUAAGGGUGAUAUUUUUUUUUCAAAAGGUUAAUCCUAUCUAUUCAUCGAUCAUAUUCACAUUCAUAGUUUUUCCCGUUAUUCCUAUUUCCUUUUCUUUUUUUUUUUUUUUUUAUUAUUGUUUACUUUUGUCAUUUUGACGGUGCCAUGCGUUGUUCGGAAUUAUUAAAAAAAAAAAAAAAAACAAGCGGACAAGGAAAAAUUGAGAAUGAUCGAAAAUUAUGCGUAAAAAAGUAAAGGGAAUUUUUGUAUUGUUAGUUUAACGAGUGACUAUUCACGUUCGGAUUAGUGAGGAAUUUUAAACUGUGUUUUCGAAGAAAACAAAAUUAGAAGAUCUAGCAGCGGAAGAAGAAGAAGAAGAAGAAGAAGAAGAAGGAGGAAAAGGCCAGCAAUGUAUUUUGAAUUUUUCGUUAUUGAUCCGAGAGCUGAGCGUGUUUCAUAGGACGAAGAUCGACGCCAGACGAUCUAUCAACGUCUUCGUGACAAGACUUUACUAAACCGUUGACCCGUGUGAAUUCGUCGAAAGUUUCGUUGCAAGAUGCAAGGGGAAAGGGAAAUGCGUGAAAUCGAGGAGAAAUGGAGUACAAUUGUAUCUCAUCGAAUUGGUGCCUCGUGAGUUACGAUCGACGCUCCCGAAUUAAUCCAUCGUCUAAGAUCAUCGUUACCAUUAUCAAAGAGGACGAUGCACGGGAGCGUUGCCGAUCAUCGAAGGUUCGGUUUUACCGGACCGUCUACUUGAAAUUGCAAACAGGGAUGAAAGGGUCAGAAGACAUUGGAGAAGGACACGUGUCUUGCGUAGAAUCAGGAAGAGAAGGUCUCACAUUAUUGGAAAGCAACCAGUCGAAAGCGUCGUGGAAAGGCGAACACCUGUCGGCGGUGGUGGUGGUGGUGGUGGUGGUGGUAGAGGAGGAGGAGGACGACGACGACGACGAAGAGGAGGAGGUGGUGGUGGUGGUGAUGGUGGGAGGAGGUUCGAGGAUGGAAAACAAACAAACGAUUCUACUGGCGCCGGCACUCAGCAACAGCAGUUGCUGGCGAGCCGGCAACUCCGAACCGAUUUGGACAGGACCAGGAUUUGGGGAAUUGUUACGUGCAGCUUUGAUCUUGGUACUCAGCCUUGGUAUACUUUUUGCUAAUCUACUCGUUAUUUGCGUCAUCAACAGCAGACGAUAUAGCAAAUACAUUCACGCACAGCCAAGAUAUCUGCUGACAAGUUUAGCGAGCAACGACCUUGCCAUCGGUCUUUUGGUGACUCCUUUUGGCUUUUUACCGGCGGUUUACGGAUGCUGGCCAUACGGUGAAGUCGUCUGUCAAAUUCAGGCACUUCUUAGAGGCGCCCUAACCCAACAAAGUGCGGUCAUACUUGUCUGCAUGGCAAUCGACCGUUACGUAUGCAUGCUGCACCCUCAUCGUUAUCACAGGCAUUCUUCUAAAAAGUAUUACAUGCGGCAGGGUUGUGUAGCAGUGAUGUCUACCACUUGGAUAGCAAGCUUGGCGAUUUUUGGUGCUUUGGUUCUCCCAAGAGGUGGCUACUACUUCAACAGCUCCGGCCUUCUUGCCUGCGAUCCUUUCUUCGCUAGAGCAUCCCUUAGAAUACUCGCAUGUUGCUGUUUCUACUUUCCAACGACAAUGGUGUUGAUGUAUUGUUACGGCUCGGCAUUUCAUGUUAAUAAACUACGUUUGAAGAGGGUGGUCUGUGUUAACACACCGGAAAUCGUUAGCGGUGGUCACAUAGAAAGGCUGGUCGCUCACGAAAGACGACUGUCGACUUCAGCUUCCCGAACAAUGGCUGCUAUGAGCUUAGGAUUCAUUGUAAUGGUUACACCUUGGACAAUUCAAGAAGUCGUCGCAGCUUGUACCGGAAGUAAACCUCCACCGUUCCUUGACUUUCUUGCUACGUGGCUUGCUCUUUCUAAUAGUUUUUGGAAUCCAUUUCUUUAUUGGUUGCUCAACAAUCACUUUCGACGAAUAUCGAGGGAAUUACUUUACACUAAGUUGCUUUGCAGACCAAAGCCAUUAGGACCGAAACAACAUUGUUGUGCAACGAGUACCGGAGGCCUCGACGUAUGCAGUAUUAGUGGAGUAGAUUUGUCGGGGUUGGAACGUUGCUCAAUGGAUCGAUGUUCCAUGGCAAGAUGUUCAUCAUCAUCUUUAGCCAACAAUCCAUCGCCACUUCCAUGGGAAACCGGCCACAUGAUCCCACGAGGGGAUAUUACGCCCACGUGAGGAAGGGAUGCCGCCACGCAAACGGACGAUCCGGGAUCACCGGACCACAUCAGUUAGUAUCGCGUGGCGGCAGAAUCGCAUCUGCUGAUCAAAAAACAAGAACGACGACGAAGAGUGUUCAAUGACUAUGUCGAUGUAGAAUUUUCUUCGUUAUGGUCAACGAAUUUUCUUGUCCCAUCAUUAAGGGGAAAUUACCAUCAUCGAGAUAGGUCUUCAUCUUCCUCUUAUCACGAAAACAAUGGGACGAUCGAAUGCUCGAAGACUUGCCAACGUUCGCAACGAGAGAGACGCGUCAAAUAUGCGAGCUUUCUCAGCUUACCCGAUCUUGUACCGGACAAAUCUGAUAAAUGAUGAUAAAAGAAGAAAAUUAAGAUUGUUUUUAAUAACGUAGAAAUGAUAAAGAGAUUUAUAUAUUUUAUUAUUUCUUUUAUUAUAUGUUUUUCAAAAGAAGAAUGUCAAAUGUAUUUGGAAAAUGAAGAAAAGAAGAAGAAGAAGAAGAAAGGAAAUAGAAAAUAUUUUUCUUUGAUCAUUUUUUUUAUUUUUUUGGUAGGACAUAUAAGUAAUACUUGAAAAGAAUGAAGAAAACUAGAAAAAUAAAACAAUUUUAACAUCAUUUAAAAAGAAUACAUUUUUUAUACUUUUAUUUUAUAUCUUUUUUUUUUUAAAGGAAUGUAAGAAGAUAAAGAGAGAACCAAUACUUCUUGUGAUAAUCGACAUUAAAAGAGAAUUAAUUUUACUUAUUUUAAUUAUAUUACAGAAGAAAAACGUAAGAGAAGAAAUUUGUUCAUAAAACAAAUUCGAUAUGAAUUGUAGUUUUUAUUUUUUACAAAUUUGUAAAGUUCCAAAUUGUAUUAUUUCUAAUAAGUAAAAAUGUAGGACAGAAUUUAUCGAAUGUUUUCAUUCGAUAAAAGUAUACCUUUUGGUUUUUUUCUUUCUUCUUUUUCUUUUACAAUAUAGAAAAAUGUGAAAGUAUAGAUUUAGUUUCUCGUACGAAUGUUCGAUAGUAUUUCUUUUUCCUAUUUGUACUUUUAAGAUGAAAAGGACGAAGGAGGAAAGAAAUUAAAAAAGGAGUUCUCGUUCUGUUCUAUUUCGUUUACUAAGCGAGUGUUCUUAGAAUAAUAUUGUGAGUUGUGGAAAAAGGGACCUUAGAUCUGUUAUUUUCUUUUACUUCAGUGAAAAGGUAGUUAAGUUUCAUAGGACGGUAACCAUUUUAAGGACAUUUUUAUUACUUUUUAUUUUCUUUUUUUUUUCAUUAUUGUGGAAAAUGGUUAGAUAGAACAACACGUGUUGGGAACAUGGUAGUAAUAUAUUUUCACUUCUUUUUUUCAUUUUUACGAAGAAAGGAAAACGUGGAGGGUCGAAAGAUUGGAACAUAAAUUUUAAAAAUUACGAAAAGCUCAAAAUAUAUUUUCAUAGGAGUAAAGAGUAUUUAUAUAUUAUUUUUAUUAUCUUUAAAAAACUGAAAGGCGUAGAAUAAAAGAGAUUUGUUGGAUAACAAAAUUAGAUAGUAAUUUAGUUUAAUUGUUAUUUUUGUAUUUUUGUUUUUACUUUUACGAGUGAAAACGUUCAAUCAAAUUUGUCCUCUUAGAACAGAUGAGAUAGAAAUAUUUAUAUUAUAUUAAAUUAAUUGAAUUUAUUUAUACUUGAAGAAGGAGAAAAAAAAGAAGAACACAGGACAAGAUCGGGUCUGCGGUGCCUGAACGGAAAACGGAGAGACCGAAAGAGACUCUCAAAUAAAAGUCUCUCUCUCUCUUACUCUCUUUAUUAAUAAUAUAAAUCUAUCCGUGAAAGGAAAUAUAAAACGCACAAUGUAUAUUUCUUGAAGGAUGUAAUAUUAACGCAAUGGAGAGAACAAUGUCGUAAUUAGUAAUACGUAAUUCAUAACUUUAUGCAAUCUCGUCGUAAGUGACACUUCGAGACCAUUUAAAAAAAAAAAAAAAAAACAGUCUUCAAGUUACUACUCAAUGUAAAUCGUUUGUGGAAAUCAUUUUUUAGUAAAUAAUAAAGAAUCCUAUGGAAGUAUUUAAUUGA